AUGAUCGGCAGCCUCUCUGCUGACCUGCCAUCACACACUGAUCAUCCCGCUUCAUUGUCUCUUUCCCUGGUACGACUCUUCAGCAACAUGAGCUCCUCGUCUGCCAACCUUCACAGCAAACUUCUGCCCUGUGAGUUUUUUUUUUUCAAACUUUUACAUCUUUUCAAGAAAUCAUUGUUGUCGUUCAGACAGACAUUAUCAGUGUUUGGGAGAAGUGUGUUAAAUUUUAACUGCUUUUAUUUUUUUAACUCAGAGAAAGAAGAGAGAGGAGGGAAUUGAAUACCAAAUUUGGUCAUCUGAAGUAAACCACACACACCAUUUGAGCUUUAAGGGAAAGAAACAGAGAAAUAGUAGUGUAGUGUAGACCUUGUGUACGGAGAAAUAGACACGGUAAAGGCGACUUUUCAUCAAUUUUACACUUGAAACUAAAGGACACGUCACCUUAAAUCACAGUUUUUGUCUAUGUCAGAUGAGAUAUUGUCAAAUUACUUUCAAGGUAAUAAAAGAAAGUUAGGGAUGAGCCUUUUCUUUCUUAUAAUGGGAAUAAAAAUAUUCUAAGCUUCCUCACUUAAGGGAAAUUAUACCGUGUGUGUUUGUUUGUGAAUGUGACUGUGUGUCAGGUGCGAUGCAGAAGCUGCUCUGACAGCUUAGCCAGUGUGUUCAAAAGCUGCUGUUGGGUUGAUGUUGCCUAAAGUGACGAGUCCAAGUGCUGUGCCAGCCGAAAAUCAGUCAGGAAUGUUGAAUCAUCAGCCUGAGUAAUGCUUGCUAAUACCAAGCCAACAGGUCAUGCUCUCAUACACAGGAACAGGGACACAUUCCCACACACACACACACACACACACACACACACACACACACACACACACACACACACACACACACACACACACACACACACACACACACACACACACACACACACACACACGACUGCAUGCACACUAAGCAGGAUUGGAUUGGGGCCAAGCUCCAGACAAAGAUCUCUUAUUUCUAAUGGGAUUGUGCCUGUAGAUCUGAUCAGGGGUCUGCUUACUGCAGCAGGGUCUGCAGCUUGUUCCACAAACACACAAACCCGGAUUGGACAUGCUGCACACAGACCUGAAAGUGAAUUAGUCUCAGUGAGAUCAGUGUGUGAUUCCAUGAGGCUAAAAAGGAUCAGGGCUGGAACUCAGGAGAAGACACCAUCCAUCUGUUGCUCGGCCUGCAGCCUCAGUUCCUCCACAGUCCUCUCUGUCUCAGUGCGGUUACUGUGGGAAUGAGUGUGGCACAUCCGUGUGCUGUGGAGUGACAGGCCGACCAGCUGUGGAGACCGUGUUACAGACAUCUUGUGUGGGAUGAAGAAGGAACUGUUUCUUUGUGGAGUCCCUUUAGAUGUGACCCAGAUAGGACUGAGGAGAAGGUUCUCUUUGAAAAUUAAAUCAGGGAAGUCAAGACCCAUAUCAUGUGUGGUCUUUAGCAUGUUGUGCACAGUUUGUAUGAGAUACAUAAAGAGGGAGAAGGCAGCAAACGCGAACGUAGACAUCUGUCCAGGAUGCACCGUGGAGUAAGUGAGAUGCUAAACUUAUUUGGAGUCUAGAUCAUAUUAGCAGGUUAAUGGUGAUUGGAACAACCAAAUUGCUGGGCCCAAGACGAAGUUAUGCAGGUGAGAUGGAGGCAGUUUUGAGCUUAUCAGACACCUGCAAUGAUCCCACCACAUCGAUACAUGUGUUUAAAUGUUAAAGAGAGGUGCACAAUGCACAAUACAACGCUGCAAUUUAAUUGAUAAUUUGAAUAUCCACACAUGCUGAUUUUGAUCAGUCAGAAACUAAUGUUAAUAUAUGAAAUGUUUUUUUUGCACAUCCAAAAGGACCCACAUAGUCAGUCUCAAUUAACACAGCCAAACAUUUGAAGUGAAACAACAAAUGAUAUAUAAAUAACAAAUGAUAAUAUUCUCAAUGAGGACUUGACCCACACUCAGGCAGUGGAAACUCAGCUCAGAUACUUCUUCGGUUGCUCAGACUUGACCUCUGAGCUUUGAAACUUGACCUAGAUUCAAGGUUUGGUGACUUGACUUCAACACUGGCUGCAUGUUUACAUAUUUUCAGCUUCGAGUCACUAUUUCUCGAUAGACGCUUUGCCUCCAUGCUCCACCUGUUGUCAGAUGUAAAGUCAGAGUACUGCCUUUACUGGAGCGCUGACAUAUUGAGCAAGUGCAUCCAAGAUAUAGGCAGAAGAAAUCAUGGCUGAUAGAGCCACAGGACUGAUGUCACACUCCAAAUCUGCUAACAAAAACACACAUUAACCUCAGAGAUUACUUUUCAAAGAUCCCUCUGGUUUGAGCAAAUACCCCAUCUGAUGAAAAUGAACUCUUGCAUACAAUUUAAAUUUGAACAGAAGUCAAAUUUAUUUGACAUACAGCAGCCAGUCACCAGGGGGAGCUCUAAAAGAUCUGCAUCCACUUAAGAUAAGAUGGAAUAAUAUUUAUUCAUUUUAUUACUGUAGACAUGACCACUUCCUGCAGUCAAAACCAGCGAUUUCCUAUGAAAAAAAAACCCCAGUAAGAAUGACUUCAAAAUCUGCCCAUUAAAGCUCUUGUUAGGAGUUUUCUGCAGUUCAUAAAACAGACUGAGUUUCAUAUAAUUACCUUUUCAUGAUAUCCAAAAACCAUCAGCAACAUGGUCGACUACUUUUAUUCUAUUGUAAUUUUCAAUGGCUGAAAGAGGUGUGAGGGGGUAGGUAUCAGCCGAUGAACUGAAGAAACAAAGCCCCUGUGGACAAAGCAGAGACUGCUUUGUCCACAGGUGGCGCCAAAGUUAAAGUUGUCCUUACAGGACCUUUCACAAUGUUUUUGUGAGUAUAUCUGAUUGACCACGGCAAACAAAAUAAAAUCCUGUCAUCUCUCGAAGAACAAGUCAGUUUAACGAAACUUCAGUUGUCGGCUGAGUAAUAAGAGGCACUGUUGUGGUCUGAUUAUUGGGCCAACUGAAUAAACAGAACUUCCACAGACUAUCACUCUGAGUGUCGGAUCAAACUUUUCUAGGUCAAGGGGACUCUGGGUACAGCCUUGUUAAUGGAAAGCACUUUAACAGAGAAAUUUGACAGUUUGUUGGUAGUUGCAAGAUGCUCAUUUUUGCACCUGAAGAUCUAAUUCCAGUAACGUUUGUUUUGAAAGAUAUUGUCAGGCGACACGUUUUCUCUGUAAACUUUCAGACGUUGACCCUGACUGAAUUGAAAUUUCCGGAUAUUUAAUUGCCCUGCAGCAGAAAAAAAGUGUUAAUUCUGUGGUAUGCUCAUCCAGAAACAACAGGAAUGCUAAGAGGAUCAUUGCUUUUCAAUGUGAAUCAAGCUCACAUGGUGCAAGUACACAGAUUAGUCUGCUCUGUGGCAUGUUAGUUUUUGGAGUUGAUUACUAUUGUGUGAUUAUAACAGUCUUGCACUGACGGCUGGAUAAGAUUCCCAUCAAUUCAGCAGUCUGAGCUGUGAGCCCUGGGGAAACAGACCAGCUCCUUUGAUUAGUUCUUGAACAAAUCCAUCCUCUCUCUGUUCAGUGGAACCCUCUGAGUAGAGGCACCGAAAACCCCUCCAGGCAUACGCUGAGAGUUCAGAGCCCAUCACUGAAAUACAGAGCACAUGACCACGCUCCUUUAUGUGUAAAACAUGUAGCACAAGAAUAGAAUCGCUGCAGUUUCUAAGCUACAUAGAUAUUUUGAUUAAUUUCCACUUGAAUGUUUGGUGUGUAACCAGUCUUCCCUCUGUUACUCAGUUUUAAUGUCACAUGAAAAGUAUAUUGUGUUACCCUCUGCCAAGCAUUAAAUGACCGAAGAGGAAAAAGUUAAGGACCAGAUAGCAGCAAAAAAAGAGAUUAAAAAAAAGGUUAAAAAAAAGUCAUCACCAAUUGGGCGUAGCAUUCAGAAGAUUCAAAAUGACCUCACAAAACAUCUCUGAGGACUUUUUCAUUGGUUAAUGACGUUUGGUGGCCUCAUAUAACCCAGUUUAACUUUGCCCAACUCCAGCUUGAGGGUCUAAAAGCUCAGAAGUGGAAAGAAAAAAAAAACCUUGUUUGUCAUUCCCAGAAAUGUAUUUCAAAGAUAGAUCGCUUGAGCUGUUCCAACUUACAUUUAAGACCGAUUGAAUUAGGAAUUGAAAAUAAAAUACAAAGAUAAAAAGUUGAUGAGAAGUUCUAUUUUAUAGCUGUGUUGUAUGAGCCUCAGUUCAGUAAAGGACACAAAAGUUGGGUUUAUUGUUGGAACUUAUGGUUACACACAAGAUGAGAUAAACAGAAUCCAGCUCUAAUGUAAUAAGACACACUGGGUCACAUGCAUGCCCCCGCAUUUAGCAAUGGAGUACACACAUAAUGCCAAAAGCAAUAUACCAACAACUUCACACAAAAACUACACAGCAUACUGCCCGCUCAUGUUGUUAAAAGCAUAUAAAUACCACCACUCUCUGCAUCAUAUGACUUACCAGACAACUGCUUUAGGUCCAGGCUACAACUGGCCAAGCUGGCCUGUUGUCCUAUCCGGGUCAGAUUAAAGCUCAACUAAGAAGUUUUUUUGGGAUAUUUAGCAAAUGAACUAAAAUUGAUAUUGGGGCCUUUUUCGUGAUAUCCAAAAGCAAACAAGACCAUCACGUUGUAAACUGUAUUUUUUUAUGCUUGAAACCGGUGUGAGGGGGUAGGUAUUGACCAAGGAGCUCAGGAAAAAGCAAGAUUUUUGCAAAAUUUACAUAGACUAUUUAUGAUCAACGAUAAAUUUGACUGUCAAAAGUCUGAAGAAUGAGACAUGAGCACAUGAGCUCUAAUUGUAAUAAUAUGCACCGUAUUUUGGUGUAUAAGGCGCACUUAAAAUCCUUAAAUUUUCUCAAAAAUCGACAGUGCACCUGAUGUAUGAUUACUUGUUGUGCUUACUGACCAAUUUUAUGUGGUACGAUGCGCUCAAAAAUCUGUCGAAAUGUGUAAGUACGACUUUGAUAAGCAACAAAGCCGCUCUGUUCAAUGGAUAUUCGGAGCAUAACGGUCCACUCUGUCACUACCUGAUCGGCCCCGUAACAGGACCCCUGAGCAGUCUACAAGACUACCUGACUAUAAUGUCUAAACUAGAAGUGCAUUCAUGUAAGGCAACCCAGAGUACGUGCUAGUAACAAUAAACCAAUCGAUGCUUAAAGCACCUUACAAUCCAGUGUGCAUUAUGAGUGAACAUAGACAUGUUAAUUCACAGUGCGCUGUAUUAUCCGGUGCACCUUAUUGCCCUAAAAAUACGGUAUAUUUAUUGCUAAUGCAGUUAUUAGAAUAUAAUUUUUACCACGUGCGAAAUGUAUUUUGUUGCUAACUGGUGAGCUCCAGUAUUUUGUAAUCUGAAGAGCGGCAAUAUAUUUUGGACCACUUUGGUAUCAUUAGUGAGCUUUCCACUCAAGGGCUACUUUGACAUUUUGUUUUCAGACAUCUAAGUAGGAAAUAAACGAAUGAAUAAAUAAAUAAAUAAAAAUACAGCACAUAAACCCUAAGACCAACUCAAACCGAUGCCAUACUUGGUAUUACUGGUAAAGUAUGUUAUCUUGGACACAGCGAUUAACAAUUAACAUACCUUAGCUUCAGCAAGCAGAGGAGAAGAAUCUGACAGUGUUGAGUUCAGAUAAACAUUCCCACUGUGGAAAGAGAUUGAAACCACCCUGGCAAAUGAGUGGAGAGGCUGUGCUGCUUUCCCAGACAACUGUGUGAAUGUUGAAGUGGUUACCAUGAGAGAAGUGGUGUGUGAAGGCUGAAUGGUGGGAGAACAGCUUGUCUGUUUGUCUAUUUGUCUUGCACUCUCAUUAAAACAUCUUUAGACAGAGAAAACACUGGACCAGCUUUGCCCAUAUGAUUUAAAAUUUCAGUAUAAAAAAAAUAGAUAAAAUUUUCUUUUUCCUGUUUGUGCUUGACAUGAUUUACUAACACAGUUCAGGUCUUUUGCUUAAAUGUUAUUCCAAAGAUGAUAUUUUUACCCUCUGGAUUACAACAGGAUUUGUGUUUCACAAAACCACGUGAGCCAGCUGGUGACACUGAAUGUGUUGAUUAGAACUCAUGACAGUGUGAUUGUGGGUAAUGAAGGGCAGUGGGACAGGAUGUUGACCGACAAACAGUCCUAUUGUCAAGAGAGCAGGAAAGAAAGGGCUAACACUGAUGUCACUGGUGUCCAGACGGACUGGCCUGACGGUGCUGGACACUGCUUUGUCCCGGCAAAACAACUAGAUCGUAUACACAAAUGAAAACACACACACACGCACGCAUGCACGCACGCACGCACGCAAGCGCUGAAAUGUAGACCAGACAGAUGCACAAACACACAUCAACAGCUGCUAUAAAUAAUUGAACAUCCUUGCAACUGGAACCCAGUAAGUGGCGGCUUUUUGUGGAGAAAAUCGGGAGCCAGGGAAACCAAAAAUAAAUGUGUGAGACAGAGAGAGUGGUCCAUUUUAUAAGCUUGGCCAGUGUCCACCUUUCUAGUCCACUUUAGAGCAAAGUGUUUUCCAAAGAUAUCAGCAAGAAAUGUCAGUGCUUUGAGCCAGCAGUGGACUAAAUAAAAGAGGAAAGGAUGACCCUGGAGGAACAGAUCUUGCUGUUACAACAGUAUGAAUCUCUUACCUGUGGCCUGCAGGAAGACAGCUUUAAUUACUAGAACAGCCACAGCAAAGAGACCGAUCCACUAAAGACCAGCUGGAGCAUGUUAACAGCCUGCUGCUGCUGUUUGGGUCAAUGUUUAGCUGGAGGAUAUGAAAGAAACUCCUGGUCAAAAUAACAAGACAUCCUCUUGAACUAAUUAUCCUGUGCAGAGUUCCUUCUCUGUGUGUGUGUGUGCUCAAACUUGACAACCAACACCUUCAGCAGUUUCUCUAUGGACUUUAUUCUGAGGACAUCCUCCUCUUCAUUUUUAGCCUUUUUGCAAGUGUUUCUGUCCUGUCUGACCUUUCCCUUCUUGUUCCAUUAGCAAGUUUUUUGCUGUGUUUACAGCCACUCACUUCAUCCUUGUUGUACUCUUUAGGACAACCAGAAUGAAGAUUGGUGUUAAUUGGCCCCAAAAUCUUGAAAUAUAUUUCUUUAACUAUAGUUCAGGCAGUUCAAGCAGUUCAGGAGGUAGAGCAGUCGUCCAAUAACUGAAAGGUUGGCGGUUUGAUUCCCCCCUAUCCCUAGUCUGUCUGUUGUGUCCUUGGGCAAGACACUAAACCCACCUUGCUCCCCCUGUGUGUUCCACACUGGUAUAUAAAUGUGAGUGUUGUGUGGUGGUGGUUGGGGAGGCCGUAGGUGCAAACUGGCAGCUAUGUUUCCGUCAGUCGGCCCCAGGGCAGCUGUGACUAUUGAGGUAAUUUACCACCACCAAGGUGUGACUUUGUGAGUGAAUGAAUGAUGUAUCCAAUGGAAAGCGCUUGAGGGUCUCUGAUAAAGUGCUAUAUGAAAUCUGAGGCAUUAUUAUUAACUGCAGAGCUUUAAUUGACUGAUCUGAAGACAAAAUCAAACAAAUAUAUUUGUGCAAUAUCAUGGUCAUAACCAGAAUAAAAAAAAAAGACGUAACCUUGAACAUACUGAUGAGUUCACAUUAUUUAUAUACAGUGUGCUCUCAGGAAGAAGGAUCGUUUUAUUGACCAUUGCUGCAUCACUAGACAAAAACUUUCUUUGGGAUGAAAAAAAGGCGUAGAGAAAUUUCUUUGCAGUUUUUCUCUCAUCAAUCAGCUUUAAAACUGAGAAGACCUCAUAUAUUAUUGAUUACAGCUCAGUUACCAUGGCACUUGGUACAACCAGAUCAAACACCCAAAAUGAGUCACAUUGAACACUAUUUUAUUUAUUUUAGGCCUUUCUCAUGUCUUAAUCGAUCAAUUCUUCAUUUUUUUAUAAGGUAUUUGCCUAUGCUCUCUCACACACAUCACAAACACGUGCAAGAUGUUUGUGUAUUUUAAUAACGUUUCGACUGACAUUAAAGCAAUUUCUCCUGACAGUCUGGUAUUUCAUAGUGGGAUGGCUAAGUGAGCACAUGGAUGUGUGAGCCACCACUAGAGCCGUUUAACAGCAAUGACUUCAUGGGUUUGUAUAAGGAAACCACCUCUCAGAAAAAUCCUUCUCUUGGCUCAGAUAAAUGGACUCAAACUGAGAGUCUGGCAGACAGCUCUAUAAUCUCAGCAGAGAAGGAAACGAUGGUUUCCACUGGGAGGGUUUCUGUUUAACUACUGUUUACUGAGGGGUUACAGCCAGAGCAGCUCCUCCAUGUAACAAGUGUAAAAACAACUGGAUGGUCUGGAGAGGCACUUUUCUCUGCUCCGAUCCUGACCUUCCCUUUCCUGUCACUGGGGAGUCUAUCAGCUCACAUUUUUUGUUUGGGCAGUGAGGAGAUAAUGGCAGCCUGUGGGUGACACUGAGCCCUCCCACCCUGUUAUUUAGCCUCCAGAUCAAUUUGUCAAUUCAGCUUCUUGCUUCUUGAAUGGCUUUUUAGGGUCCCAUCUUUUUAUCUUGCAAACCUAAUUCUUUGCAUUUGUGUUUUCUUUUUUAAGGAAAGGUAAGGUUAGGUAGAUUUUAUUGAUCUUGCAUGGGGGAAACUAUUUCACCACCAGGACAGGAAGACUCAUACAGACAACAAACAGCACGGAGAAAUCAGAAAGACAUAGACUAACGAAACACAGUUAAGUGGAACAAUAAAAGAUGAGGACAUAAUUAAAUACAACAAAAGAUAAAAAUGAAUAAAUACCAAAAUAAAUACCUCUAUAAACUAUGCAGCAGUUCCAAGUCAGACCGUAGCACAUACUACUAAAAAAUCUCACUCAACAAAGGACUUUCUCAGUCGUUCAGUGGAGCGCCGAGGCAUCACAAGUCGCUCACUCAUUGAGAUUUCAAGACCUUUAAAGAAAUAAUGCAAUAUAUGAUCUUUGUAGCCCAGGAUUAUUUUUAAUUUAGACCUACAAGACGGACUCAAUCCCCCCAAAAAUCCAAUCGCACCAAGAGUAACAGAGUAAUGAAGAAUUUCUGUAUCAUCAUAGGACAGAUGAUCUGCCAGCAGCUGUGCAAGGUUCUUCCAGGAAGUCUGACUCAUCAUGACACAGUUUUCACAGAAAAUUAAAGGAAAAAAAAGUCUGGCAAAUAAAAAAGCAAUUAAAGAAAAACAAACUGCAGCAAAAGAUGUAACCCCUCUAAAGAAAAAGAAGUGAAUUUACUGUGUGUAUUUCCAAAAAAAUUCCUGUACAUGGCAUCAUGAGUGCUGUCUUUCCAUCUCUGUCUUUGUCCCUCUGUGAAUGGGCUCUUUCUUCUUCCUCUGCUGCCCCCUGAGCAGAGGGUCUGGAUUUGUCUUUAUGUGGGGAGGCAGAGUGGCACGCACACACGUCCGGUCCACUCUGUCGGUCUGUUUCAGUCACUCUGCAUGUCCAGCUGGUCCGGAGCCGUGACCUUUGACCUUUCUUCUCACGAGUUUCUGUGCACUUGGAAGACGACAGACAGGAAGGAAGGAAGGGGGACAGGACAGAGAUGGAGAAAGAGGGACAUAUGAAAAGAGAGAGAGAGAGACAGGGAGGACACCAGAGAAACAGAAAAACAGAUUAAAAAUACAAAAGGAAACUCAGAAAAAGAAGAAAAAAGGAGCGCAGAGACGGAGGGAGAGUGACAGAAAAGAGAUUGAGAGAAAAGCAAAAAAAAAAAGGACAAGUGAAAGAGACUGAAAAAGUCCAAGAGAAAUAGAAAAGAGAAAGACAGAAAAGAGAAUGAGAGACAGAAUGAGGACAGAAAGAAAUAUAGCAAGUAGAAAAUAAAGAAGUAAAUAAACAUCAGAGAGAGGGUGGAAUAAACAACCUGCAGGCAGGCGUGUGACCUCUCUUUCUUUACUUUCUCUCUUUCCUUUUCUCACUUGAGUGUCCACAGGCCCUCGGGUCAUCUCGUGGUAUGAAACUAAAGACUGUGGGUUGUGAUGGAGUUGCAGCGCACAAGGACAUGUGAGCUCAUCAGCUGUGGACACUUUGUUCGGGCUUUUCUUGCGACAGAGGAUUUUCCCCAUGUGAGCCGCUGUGCUAAUCAGAGGUCAGGGGGGUCGUCCGUGGCCAGGGUUGUCGAAUCAAUCAAGGUGAUUCAGUGGAAAAAAAGAACUGGAUAGGGAGGCUCAAUCAAUGUGAGGAUAUACAUCUGUUAGCUAACCUUUAGCUUCUCUGCUCGGGCCUCUGCCUUUAAGUAGAAACAAUCAAUGCUGUGAUCAAUCACUGUUUAACUGAGUGGAGAAAAAAAAACAAAGCAAAACAGGAGAAGCAUUUUGUUUAAACCUGAACUUUCAAAUUUUCAAGGAGACAUUUGUGAUCCAAACAUGCUUUUUCAUGUCAUUGAAUCAGAGAGAAAAGAAUAGAAAAUCUCCAUCUGAUUCAAACCCAGUGGUCUGUUUGACAUGAUGUCCUCUGCUGGUCACAUGAGAGCCUUUUUAUCCCACACACAUGUCAAGAGGGCAGCUGCUGAUAGUUACUGACAUCCUGCUUUGUCAGCGCAGCUCCUUUCAUACGUCUGAUUGUGUAACGUUUCAAGAAGCAGAAAGCAUCAUAGGGUCACGACCAGAGGUGUCUACACUUCAAAACGCUGCAACAUAAAAACAGUCAUGAAGAUGACUGACACAAGAGUAUGUAAUCAUACCUCUUUUUUUUAUUUGAAAAAGAGAUAUGAUGUCUUUUAUUUAUUUGACUCAUAAACUUGAGACAGUGCUUCAGGACUGCUGUAGAAGUGCACCAGAAAGAAGAGAUAGUGCAAUGUGACCUUGCAGGUUUAAAGAUUUGGAACAAAGUCUGUGUUGCAACCUACAGCUGUGGUUUCAAAGAUGAGCAAUGCAGCUUAGAGUCUCCUUUGAUGGGCUGAUCUGAUGGGAACAGAGUUUAAAGGGGGUGAGCCUCUGGAAACUGCUCACUCUUCAAGAUUCUGUAAUCAUUUGAGGUAAUCACUCCUGGUCUUAUCAUGCAACCUGGGUCUCAAAUAGACAGCUUUGAACUGCCUUAACUCUUUGUAGGGUUUCAUGUGAUGGUGAUCAGAUCUCACUUACAAGCUCUAAAUGCAGAAAAAAGCUCAGAACCUCAUUCACUGUCAUUUGCCUUUACAAUACAUGAGACAAAAGAGGUGAUGCUGACUUGUAGCUUAGCUUGUAGCAGAAAUGCAGCAGAAAGAGUACAGGACAUGUGGCCCAGGACACGUAAGCGUACCCCGUGCUGGACUCAGACUAACUCUCUAUGACCUUAGUGAUUGAACCUCAUUCCCUCUCAGUGCAUUAAUACCACCUACAACAGGGUAGUUGUUGUUGGAGCAUAAAGUAGAACUGUUCUUAUAUGAUAAUGAUUAAAAAAUGAAUGAUAAAUAAAAAGAUAGAUAGAUAGAUAAUGAGAUGAGGUAGUAAAAAGCGAUCAAAGUAUUACAGAGAGAUUUAUCAUAUAACAGAGGAGGUUGAGAGGAGCAUUAAAGUUUCGCUUGACUUCCAGGAAGGCCAGGUGACGUGUCAAUCAGAUUAAUGCCUCUGCCAAUGAGGUUAUGUUUAUAGUUGUUAUGUUUGUCAGCAGCAAGAGUACGGAUCAACUACUGACCCGGUUUCUUGAUUUAGAUGGAACAGAACAAGCUCUUCUUCGAGGAGCCUACUGAUAGACACAGUGUUGUGCGCACAGGUUUGUGUAUCAUGUUGGCCUUGGAACAGAUUUUGUCUGAAAGUGCUGAUUAAGUAGUUCUUCUGACGGGCUGGACAACAACAUGACUACUAUGUUUUGAAGUCCCAAGAUGAGUAACUAUGUGUUUGUCGAAGUCACAUCAUGUACAGAAGCGUGUUAUCAUCAUGGAUGGUGCGUGCACUGACAAAAUGUAAUUGUCUGAACAUACAAAGUUGACGACAUUGAACAGAUUAUACUGUUCCCAUUCUGUAUUCCUGCUUUUGUCUUUGUACACAUACUGUAAGCCCCUUGGUGCUGUCAGCAGGUCCAGCUUCAGGCUAUGAGUUGUCCUCCUCUUCUGUUCCCUCCAAAGCUGUCUGCCUAUCUGAUCCCAGAGCCAGUGAGGUCAGAGCACCCAGGAGGCAGGCUGUCAAACAGGCCAGAGCAGAGCUAAAGUGACAGGCGUGUGUCCUUCUGUCCACACAGACAUGUGUCUGGUGGGGAGUAACUGCGCUGAUGCUGCACUCCUAAGAAGGCAGCCUGGAACUGCUUUUAGGUAACAUCCAUGUCAUUGAGGUUUAGAGUAUAAUCUAGUAUUGUAUCUUAAAUUGUUUUUAUGGGAGUCCCCUGUACUGUUGAAGAAAACAGAGAAUCCCUGGUGUCUCUCUCUUUCCUGGUUUUGUCAACAUCCUGAGCUGAAUGUUUUUCAGUUACCCAGUGGUCUAUUUUUAGAGCCUCAGUGACUAUUGCUCUCAGCAGACCAGAUAAUCUUCACAUUAUUCCCUGUUUAGUCAGGGCUUCAAGGCUUCAUCCAAUUACCUCAAUCCCUGCCUACAGGUUGUAGUAGCUCUGGAAGGAAGACAUUGUAAAAAAAAAAAAAAGAAAGUACAACCUUUUAGCUCUAUUAACAAACAGCACUCCACUUAAUAAAGACAACAACCUUUGUCAGAGCAAACUCAGAGGGUGUGCGAAAGAUGCAGGUGCUAUUUUUAAAAAUCAUUUUAAAGUAUAACGCCUGUUUUUGAUUAGAUAAAUAUACACCACAAAGACAUGUGCUCACUACUAUUCACAACAAUUUUAAUGUGUGAAACUAACAAGCUCUUUGAGAGCUAGCUUGGUAAGCUAGUUUUGCUAACUAGUCCAUAAUCUGAGCCUGUCUGGACCUCUUUGUUUUCUUUUUGCUAUAAGCUUCGCUGUAACAGGCUGCUGGCUUGUGCUCAUCUUCCAUGGGUCUUAAUCAUCAUGGGGAUGAUGCUUUGGGGAUAAAUAGCAUAGUUCCCACGAGGUUAUUUGAGGCUGACAAGCUAGCACGUAGUUUUCACAUUAUCUAUUGCAGUGUAGUUUCAGGUACGCUCUCCACUUUGAUCCUCAGUUGACCUGAUCUUGUAUCUACCAUCCUAAAUCAUUUUUCAAAAUCUUCUAUCCAGUCUGUCAAACUGUUUGUCACUACUGAGUGUAUUCUUUUCAACCAAUCAUUAAUUUUCUUUUAUUGUGUUUUUCACCAAUGAAAUUUUAUGUUUUUGUAAAGCGCUUUGUUACCUGAUUUUGAAAAGUGCUACAUAAAUAAACAUUAUUAUUAUUAUUCAUUUUACUAUUAUUAUUGAUUUAUAAAAAGCAUGGAAAAGCACGAAUUCCUUUUGCUUUUGGAUUUCAUCUUUUAAAGGAGUUUAGAAAAUUCACAGAGUUCUGACAGCGUCUUGUCAUUUCUGUUGCACGCGCUGUCUCUCACUCUUAUUUACUGGGUCCAGUAUCUGCCCAUGGGCUCAUCCUUUUGUAGUCUCACAGCAGCUCAGCCUUCCACUUACACACACUGCAGAUGCACUCAGCUGUAUUUACAGGAAUGCUGAUGAAGGUGGAAAAUGGGAUCAUACGGUAUCUUACUGUAAACAAGAUUAACUUGGUAAAGACCUGACAGCUUGCUUUUGGGGAUCAAUUUGUGAAUCAGAGCCGACUUAAUAAAGUAUGGGCAGGUACAGUAAGUAUGUUCUUAAAGUUUAUUUAGAUAAAAAAUAUGUGUUUGCUUAUCGUUUUUUUAAUCAGCUGAGUGUCAGUGGUCAUAUUACUACCAAUACACCUUUCCUUUACAGCAACAAAUGUGACUUAUAACUUUGUCUCUUGUUUGGUGUCAAAACAUGAUUGAGUCUAUAGAAAGGGAAAUUAUUCCUCCAUGACUUUCACUUACAGCUCAAUAUCUCCCUCUUCUGGCAACUUACAUCUGUCCUCUUUUGUGACUGUGAAUACCUCAUUAUACAAUAUGAGUUAGCCUAACCUCAUGGUAUACACAACUCCAAUCUAAAUCAUCUAGUUUUUUUUUUCAAAUGAUAGUCAAGAUAUCAGGGGUAAAUCUGUACCUGAGCUCCGAUCUAACUUCUCGUCCUUGUCCUAUGGAUUUCCAGCUGAGACGGAACGUGGCCAGAGACAUCCAGAUGUAGACGCUCCACAGCAACUCAAGAUGAGAGAGAGACAGCGUUUCUUUGAGGAGGUCUUCCAGCACGAUGUGGACGUCUACCUGUCUUCAGCACACCUUUGUAUCAGAGAUUAUAAGAGACGUAAGCCUGACUAAUAUUAAUUUUAAUGAAUGAUGAAAAAAAACAACAUUUGUUUUGCACUGAACUGUACUACUUCUCCCUCUCCCACAGCUCCAAUCGGCAGCAUUUCAUCUAUGGAGGUGAAUGUGGACUUGCUGGACCAGAUGGAGCUGGUUGACAUCUCUGACCAGGAUGCUUUGGAUGUUUUCUUCAGCUCCGGGGGAGAAGACGGAGCUCUAACCUCUCCACUGCCUCAUGGUAACAAUACCAGAUACAAACAAAGAUUAGAAAACACACUGCAGGGUCACGUCUUUCUCAAUAAUUUCUAUCUUGUCUACAGUUCAAGGAAACAACAACAAUGAGGAGGUCAUCAGUAAUGGACUCUUUCGACAUGUCCUUGAGGGCCUCGAUGCCAAGCCUCGCCUGUCCUCUACAUCCUCAAACUCAUCUUACGACAGUCAGGCCACCAGUGCUAACGGGGCAAGCACUCCUGUGGAUAGGUCUGAUGAUGAUGAAGAAACACACACCAGCACACUUAAACGAAGAGACAAGGGGAAGAGUCAGACUCCAUCAACAUCCUCGUAG